CAUUCGACGCAAGAUUAGCUAUUUGAUUGUUACGUAGGCGCUUAGCGUUUGUUCAUUCCAGAAUUUUGAUAGAACUAGAAUCGUUGACAAUGCCCCGCUUUGUGACGUUGGUGGGGGGCGGGCCAUGGGGCUUCCGGUUGGUGGGGGGGAGCGACUUUCACGCGAAUCUCGCGAUAUCGAAGAUCACCCCAGGCGGUAAAGCCGACGUCGCGGGAUUGAAGCCUGGUGACGUCAUAAUGGCGAUUAAUGGCAAUGACACGUCACAAUCAACGCAUCUAGACGCGCAAAACCAGGUCAAGAACUCGAAGACGACGUUGACGCUGAGCAUCGAAAGUAAUUCGGACCCGCGGUCCCCAACCGACCAACGGUCUCCGGAUGUUGCCCCAACACGCACAACCUCGGUUCCAAAACCAAGUUACAAAUCUACAACCUCGAUACCAACGAACACGUGGCAACCAGGAAAACCACAGGCAUCUUAUAACGACAGCGCUUUACCGCCUCCACCGGCCAGCCUACUAAACCAAGCGCCCCCAGAAUCACCCGACUUACCCCCACCCCCUUCCACGGUUACCGUACCCGUGUCAAAUUCAAGCUCCGCGAAUCGUGAUCUCUUUUGUGAGGGAUGCAGGCAACAGAUCAGAGGUCCUUACCUGACAGCGCAAGGGAAGAACUGGCAUCCCGACGAAUUUAUUUGCGCUUCACAAAAUUGUGGGCGACCUUUACAGAACUGUGGCUUUAUCGAGGAGAAAGGUCAACGAUAUUGCGCAGGCUGCUAUGAAAAAUACUUCGCACAAACUUGUCACGAUUGUCAUAAAAAGAUUGUUGGCGAGGUUAUGCACGCGCUGAAUGAGACAUGGCACGUCACGUGUUUUGUAUGUACGGAUUGCAAACAAGCAUUCAGGGACGGAGUGUUUCACCUUCAUAACGAAAAACCUUACUGUGUAGCAGAUUACAACCGAUUGUUCGGCACAAUAUGUAAAGGAUGCGGGUUCGCCAUCGAGGCGGGCGACCAUUACGUUGAAGCAAUUAAGCAACAAUGGCACGAAACUUGUUUCACUUGUGCGGUUUGUCACGUGGACCUCAAGAACGCCGGUUUCUUCGCCAUCAACGAGAAGCCUGUUUGUUCCAAUCAUAAAAACGCUCGCUUACCCGCUUAAAUUGUUACGUCAUAGAAGCGUUUCCCGCCAAUUGUAUACUCGAAAUAUUUGUAGCGCGGUGUUGUAUUGUGACGUGGCUAUACUGCCAUUAUGACAUCAUAAGCUAUUGUUUGUUACGCAUGUAAUAAAUCAUAAUGAUGUAAAAAUAUAAAUUGUUACGGAAAGUUGUAGAUUUGGUGAUUUGUGACGAAACUGUUUCAAUUAUUCUACCAUUGUGACGUAUUAAAGCCAAUGUGACGUAUCCUGCCGUAAACCUAAACUAACCAAUAAAGAUACAGCACGAUUUUA